AUGAACAUGCACAACAACUCCAUGGUGUUUCAGUUCUCCAGUCCUAAUGACACCCCAUCUGCUGGCCCCUCCAGUCGCUCAUCCACUCCAGGCAGUAGUUAUGCCAAUGGCUUCAACGGUGCAGGCCACUUCAUCGAGCGUUCGAAUAAUGUUCAGCAUCGCUCUGUCGUUCCUCAACCAAAGCGAAGGAGAACCGAAGACAGCGAGGGUGUUCACAAUUUUAUGACUCCUCCAGCAACACAGGGCGGAAGUGGAAUUUUGGGUCAAUAUGUUACAGACAAGCGCAAAGAAGCCAAUAGUUCAACUGCGUCACCAGCCAUGACAGUUGAUCUGACUAGUGGUAAGACCCGUCGAGAGUCUCUCUAUGCAAUGUUGCUAACACGACCAGGAAAUGACGACGAGGACAUAGUCCUUCAAGAUCCACGCGAGGAAGAGGUGUGCUACGGAAUGAUUAAGGCUUCAUUGGGCUGCACCCGAGUCCCUUCGCCAAAGCCAGGCACCCAACAGAGUGUCUGGGGUCCAAACUACCAGCCCGCAAUCAAAGUUGUGCUCAAGAGGCAGGUAGGUGAUACAUCGCUAAAGAUACAAGCCUACGAUCACACACGGCAGAUCAUUGGCCUGGUAGAGAACCAAGGUGCUCGUGCCGUUGCGCCUCUUCUCGACUCAAACAUUCACCUGAGAACGGACAGCCGAAUCCCGCCGCAACCAAAAAAGGCUGGCGAGGAGCCCGGCCAGCCCACCUCACGAUCCUAUACCCUCGACAUCGUCAUGUAUGGGCCCCUCAAGUACGCUAGGAACGUAGGCGCUCAUCUGAGCAAGUUUGGCCUGAAGCUGCUGGCCCCUUAUCUCGUCCAGAAGGGAAUUCGUGUUCAGAACCCUCAUGUUCUCGAAUACCGUCCCCCACCUCCAAAGGUAUAUUCUACUGCGCCUACUAACGAUGGGCAAAAUGCCUCUUAUACCAGCACCUUCAGCAACCGAACCGUGGAGGAGAUUCGUUCAGAAGUUAUGGGCGUCUUCGAUUCCCUCACACGAAACGAUGAUUUGCCAGAGAUGGAACCUAGUCAGAAUAUCCUGACGCCUCUGCUUAAGCAUCAGAAGCAAGGUCUGUUCUUCAUGAUGACCAGAGAAAAGCCCCGCGAGGCACAGGCAUAUGAAAAGACUAUGGUUUCCUUCUGGCAAGAUAAAUAUGGCCCCGCUGGCCAGCGGAUAUACUUCAACGUCAUCACUGGCCAGAAUCAGGCCAGACCGCCAGCUGAAACUCGGGGCGGAAUUCUGGCUGAUAUGAUGGGUCUUGGUAAAACACUCAGCAUCUUGUCCUUGAUCACGACAUCCACCGAUGCUGCGUAUGAGUGGGAACGACAAGCACCCGUCCAGCCAGAAGCGCCCGAGCAGAAACCGACGAAGCACGAGGUCCUAUCUCAGCAGCCAACACUUGCCUUGACUCCGUUGAUGAGGAACGCGAAGACCACCUUGCUUGUCUGUCCUCUCAGUACGGUAACAAACUGGGAGGAACAGAUCAAGCAACACAUUCGACCUGGUGCUCUCGACUACCACAUCUACCAUGGCCCAAACAGGAUCAAGGACCCUGCAAGACUCGCAAACUUCGACCUCGUGAUUACCACCUAUGGCUCUGUAUCGAAUGAACUCAGUUCUCGUCGGAAGAAGAAGGAUGGCCAAUAUCCAUUGGAGCAGAUUGGCUGGUUCAGGAUCGUGCUGGAUGAAGCUCACAUGAUUCGUGAACAUAGCACUCUCCAGUUCAAGGCCAUCUGUCGACUCCAGGCAGACAGACGAUGGGCCGUCACCGGUACACCCGUGCAGAACCGGUUGGACGACCUUGCUGCCUUAUUGGCCUUCCUUCGGCUUCACCCAUUCCACGAUCGAACCAAGUUCCUUCGGUACAUUGUGGAGCCAUUCAAGGCAUGCGAUCCUGAGAUUGUGCCUAAACUCCGAAUCCUCGUAGACACAAUCACGCUACGUCGACUGAAAGACAAGAUCGACCUGCCUCCUCGAGAGGACCUUGUAGUAAGACUUGAUUUCAGUCCCGAGGAACGCAGUAUCUACGAUUUGUUCGCAAAGAAUGCUCAGGAUCGAGUCAAGGUGCUCGCUGGAACUAAUAAUGGCCAGGCACUUGGCGGUAAUACCUACAUUCACAUUCUCAAAGCAAUUCUACGACUUCGGCUACUCUGUGCGCAUGGAAAGGAUUUACUCAAUGACGCCGACUUAGACACAUUGCAGGGAAUGUCGGCAGAGAUGGCAAUCGAUAUUGAUGAUGACGACGAUGAUGACAAACCAGCACUUUCCGAUCAGAAAGCACAUGAGAUGUUCACAUUGAUGCAGGAGACGAACAACGACGCAUGCAUUCAAUGCAACAGGAGGAUCAGCUCCAACGAGAGCUCUAAUAUUGAAACAGAAGGCCAGGAUGACAUUCUGGGUUACAUGACGCCUUGUUUCCAUGUCAUUUGCCGAAACUGCGUCAAAACGUUUGAGGAACGGGCCAGGGCUCUGAUGCCAGAGGGCGAGAACAGUGGAUAUUGUCCAGUCUGUAAUGCCUAUGUGAGACAUGCUUUCGUACAGCUUCACCGAAGGGAGGUGGACGCGGAGCAUGACGGUCCAGCUAAGCCCAAGUCACGAAAUGCCGUCAAGAAUUUCGACAAGUAUGGCGGCCCGCAUACAAAGACUCGUGCUUUGAUCGAAGAUCUUUUGAAGUCCAAGGCAGCGACUGAGGCAAACCCGUCUGAACCUCCGUACAAAUCGGUGGUUUUCUCAGGCUGGACUUCUCAUCUGGACCUCAUUGAGCUUGCACUCAACGCCAACGGCAUCGUGUUUACUAGGCUCGACGGCAGUAUGAGCCGCACACAGCGAACUACCGCCAUGGACAGAUUCCGCGAGGACAACACUGUGCAUGUGAUUUUGGUAUCAAUCAUGGCCGGUGGUCUGGGUCUGAACUUGACUGCUGGAAACAGCGUAUACGUGAUGGAACCGCAAUACAACCCGGCCGCCGAGGCUCAGGCUAUCGAUCGUGUCCACCGACUGGGACAGAAGCGUCCUGUCCGCACCGUUCGAUACAUUAUGCGGGACAGUUUCGAAGAGAAGAUGCUGGAGCUUCAGGAGAAGAAGAUGAAGCUUGCCAGCUUGAGCAUGGACGGCCAAAACAGGAGCUUAGACAAGGCGGAGGCAGCUCGGCAAAAGUUGAUGGAUCUGCGUAGUCUUUUCAAAUGA